AACACUUCUCCAGCCCCGCCUCAACUGCCACUCGGUCACUUGCCGCGUUCGCUUCCGACACAAGCGCUAACCUCAGCCUCGCACUCACUGCUAGCUAUGACCAUCACAGAGUCAACUCGUCGUCAGCUAUUCCAGAAGACGAACCGACUGCAAGUGAUCCGCAUCGAGCAAAUGCGGCAUGCUGCACCACGGCAGACAAAGGCAUCACCAGCGUCUCCAAUUGCGCUUGGCACGUGGACGGUUGAGGAGCAUGGCUUAUUCCUCGAGGCCCUGGAUUUGUACCCAUCCGGCCCGUGGAAGCGCGUUGCUCAGCAUAUCGGCACCCGCACGCCGCGCCAAGUCAUGACGCACGCACAGAAGUAUAGACAACGACUACAGCGUCGUACGGCAGCACCUGACGUUAAGCCGACCGAGCCUGACAAAGUGCUGUCCGUGAUGGUGUCGCCCAUGUCAAUGGCGCCAGCUGGCGCGACUGGCGGUAUGCAAGUUGAAGCUAACAUCUGUGUGCUUCCCGAGCCAUUCACGGACAACAUGCCUCCAUACGGACAAUCCCCACUCUUUGACGUGGACUUCGAGUUCCUCUUUCAUCUAGCCACUGACCCCAUGUUUGACGGCGUGGACAUGAACCUGCCGCACGCGCCCCUGCAGCUCUAACCGCUCUUACUUCGCAGCUUGUUUCUUUUGCGUAUAUAUUUUUCAUUGCUCUAAGUAGAUUGAAGUACUCAUAGCUUCAUUUAUGUAAACCACUACUCUCUGUACAAACUAUC